GCCGGUAGUUUGUGGCUAGACGCCGCAAGAUCAGGAGGUUUAUGUUACACUCGCUCUUCUCCAAAGUAUCCAUUAUUUCUUACCCUAAUCUCAUUGAGUGUGAUAUCAUUAUUUUUUUUUCCUUCAAAUUCAGUGCCGUGACCUUCUUGAUCUGUGAUAAGGCAAAUUAAACAUUUUCCCCUUUUUGACAAUUACAAAAAUAGUUUUUAAUCUUUUCGAAAAAUUUAAUAAAUCGGGUCUUUAUUCAAGAGAAUUUGAACCGGAUAAGAAACUCGACCUUCACUUUCCUUGAGAAUUUCAAAAAGAAAAAUACUCAAGUUUUUUUUUUUUUUUAAUUUGAAAAAAGUUUCGGUUUUCAAAUGCUAGAAGCGUGGCAGCAGACUGUGGGAAGAAAAAGUGAUAAAAUUCCUAAUCUGGGAAGCUAGCUGAGAAGUCAUCUGUGUGUCACGUGAGACACAACCCUUGUGAGUUUAUUUAUCUUCUCGAAGCAGUGAAAAAUCAGAUUAGCUUCUAUAGAGGUUUAGAGAAUAAAUAAGAAGAAGGAAUUUUUUAAAAAAGGGGAUUUUUCAUUUAUUGGCAAAUGAAAUUGAUGAUAGGCUGAUGACGCCCACUUGGAUGAACGUCGUCGCCGUCAGAGAAGGAGAAGAAGAAAGUUCUCUCGGGAUUCUUAGAGCCAUAUCCGGCUGAUCCCAAAGCCAGCUGGUUUGCCAUUUUUGUCCCGAUCGGGUUCGAUCAGGUCGACUAUUUGUGUGUAUACAACCGAUCGUCCUCCUUGUGAACUCUUAUCUUCUCAGAACUUGUGCCGGAAUCGAAAACAUUGAGGAUAUAGCGCACAACAAAUAUUUCACGAUGAAGAAAUAACAACUUGAAAGGGUAAAAAAUGAAAAAUAAGUCACAGAGGGCCAGAAGCCGGCAGGAUGUCUUUGGCGAGUGAAUGGAGCAACUGUCCAAGGACUUCAAAUUUUUAAUCACCUACAAUUUUCGGUGGUUAAGCAAAUGAUUCAGCGUGUCUGGACGGAAGUAACAAGACUGACAUUGAGGAUGCUACAAAGUUGCAUCAGCGGAAGAUCAUCAAGAUGUGUCCGCAGAGCUUUGGUCUUUGCCUUUGCAUGGGGCCUCGUUAUGAUAGCCACUCUGCAAUUCCGUUACGCUGAAAACAGUAUUUUACACGUGAACAAUGUCAUUGACAGCGAGGGCGUGACUGUUAAUAAUUUUAAACAAGAACAACAAUCAGGUCAGAAUCCAAAAGUAUCAAAUUUUUUCCUAAAACUCUUCUCAGUUAUGAAAUUCGGCAAUUAUCGAGAUAAUUCCACAUCUGGCUCAGGCUACACACUCCUCAAUCAGGAACGAACUUUGGUCACGAAAAUGCCAUUCAAUUUGGAUCCACUUCUCGACAAACGACCAUUAAAAUCCGAAGACGAACUCAUUCAAGACAUCGAGGAUCGUUUGCCUAGCCUCCCGGUGGCCUACUGGAAUAAAAAUAGUAAAUUUCUAACCAGUCAGAGUAGCAGUAAAGCGGCGAAGACAACGAAUAAAAGUGCUUGUGUUGCCAAGUAUCCUAGUAUUUAUGACUUAGAAUUUAAUAACAUUUACUGGCAAUCACUGAGGACUAGUAAUGGGACUUUUCAAUUGUUUGGCGCCUAUUACGAUGUGAGGAAGUUGUCGAAAAUCGGACCCGCCAUCAGGAUGGUUGGGAUGAUUGAUAGAAUUGCGCCUACAAUCAAGACUUAUUGUCAGUUGUGGUAUGACGGCGAGCGAGAACCUAAGGUUGUUGAAAUUCUAGAGUAUAAGUAUAUCUGGUUUCCCAAGUGGGGUAAUUAUAAGCAGGGUAUCUAUCAGCCUUACGUGAUCGCUUGUAGGAUACCGCAGACUCACUGGCAAAAAGGUCCGCCAGCUUCCGUGUCUUUGGUGGAGAAGGUCUGCGAUACUGCUUCCAAUAAUCUUAGGGUGAUUUAUAAUAAGCCAGAAAAGAAGAAAGAUUUUGCUGUUUGCGUUAAGGGACUGGACUUUCUUCAUGAAGAUUUAUCUGUUCGACUCGUUGAGUGGAUCGAACUCAUUGGACUUCUCGGAGCGGAUAAAAUCUUCUUCUACGAACUGCAAGUUCAUCCAAACGUCACAAAAGUUCUCAAUCACUAUCAAAAAUUAGGAAAAGUGCACGUGACGCCUAUAACACUUCCUGGCGGUCAGCCGAAUAUGCCAAUUUUCCAACACAUGUACUUGACUAAGAAGACUAAUCAUAAACGGCAAAACGAACUAAUUCCUUACAAUGAUUGUCUAUAUAAACACAUGUAUGAGUAUGAAUACAUUGUUCUCUUGGAUGUUGAUGAAGUGAUAAUGCCACUUCAGGAUGCAACGUGGCAAGAUUUGAUGAAAAAUCGUGUUCUACCGAAAGCAUUCAAAUUAAAGAACGAAACGCGAGCUUCCUAUAAUGUUCGAAAUGUUUACUUCCUAGACGAUCUUCUUCAUUCACAUGGUUCAUUUAAGGACAUUCCAAAGUACAUGCACAUGUUGCAACAUGUUUACAGGUCCAAGAACUUCACAAAGCCUAAUCAAUACAUCAAGUGUUUUCAUAAUCCAGAAAGAGUGGUUACGCUUCAUAAUCAUUUUCCUCUGGCCUGCUUAGGGGCUGGAUGUACUAGUUAUCCAAUUGAGACUGAAGAUGCUCAGUUGCAGCAUUACAGAGCAGACUGUGUUAAGUCGUUGAAGAAAUCGUGUGUCGAAUAUAGAGAAAAUAGUGUAAUGGACACAACAAUUUGGAUGUACAAGGACAAGUUAAUUUCAAGAAUGACCAAUACCUUGAAAACUUUAGGCUUUUUUGGACUCAGUUAAAUUAUAAUCGAUUUCUUUUUUCUUCUUUUAAUGCCAAUUGUAUAAAAACUUGUCGCUAUUAUAAUUAAACAAAUUUUGCUCAUUUUUUUAAUUUUUUUUUUCGAGAAUAAAAAUGAAACACUUAAGUCCGCAAUGUUUUUAAUAACAAAAUUUUAUUUUUUAAAUUUAUCUCUAUUUUCAAUUAAUUCAAUUAAUUAAAAUUCAAUUAAUGUAAUUAAUAAAAAAAUUUCAAUUAAUUCUAUUAAUUGAAUUAAUUAUUACUCAAAAGACAAUGCUCAAAAAGAACGUAAAUUUGUAGCGCAAAUAAAAUCGUUGCAUUAUUUUAUAGUUUUUAGAAACAUUGCGGACUUGGUCCUCAGGAAGAAAAGUUCUUUCUCAUUCGAAGAAUGUAGUUAAGUUAAAGAAAAAGGAAAAGAGAAGAAAAAAUCUCUUACAUUUGUAUACAAUACGUAAUAAUGUUUCUACGAAUUCUAAAACCUUUUUCUUUCCAACUGUUGUACUCGUGCAUAAUUUUGUUAAUCGCCAAAGGGUGAUGUGCUCAAUAAUUGUUUUCAUAAUUGAAUACGAAACAAAACGGUAUAUCAAUUCAAUUAAUUAUUAAAAAUGUAUUAUUUUUUUAAAUCUGUAUAUAUUUCUCCGAGCGUAAAAAUGUUGCGCUCACUAUUUAUAAUGAAAAUUUAAACUUAAUGGAAAAACUUUUUUAUAUUACAAGAAAAAUAGUUUAUAAAAAGUUUAAAUAUUGUUCUUACGUUAUAAAAUUGGAAUUUUUAAAUUAGAAGAAGCUGAAUGACGUAUAAAAUAAAUUUAUGUAAGAACUUAUUUAAUUAUAAACUUUAUACUCUGUAUAAACUAUAUAAGACUCACUUUUUAUUCUUUAUGGAAAGUCUCUUUCAUUUUUUUUUUUUUAAGGAACAAUUUUCUGUCUCCUCGAUUUUCUGUUAUGUUCAUGGUGAAACUUGAUCGCUUUUGUGUGUGAUUUAUUAUUAUUGUAUCCGAUAUUAAUUUUUAAGUUUAAUAAGCGAACAUUGUUACACCAUGAAUUCCCUGUACGCUUUCAUCGACUUUAUUGUCAUUUUCAUUAUAAAAAUUAAGUUUGUUGCUUUUAUGUUUAUGUAAAUAAAUACGUAAUUAAUUAAAAAGAACUCUUUAAUUUUCAUUCCUUAAAAUCAGAAAACGAAACUAAAAACAACUCUUACUUUUUUAAUUUUCUAAAUGAAAUGGAAAAAAUUGUUUGGAUUCGCAAAAAUAAAACACAUAAUUAAAAGAUGAUUCGUAUGACUUUAUUUUUAUUUUUUUUUUGUCAUUUUUUUCGUCUUUAUCACCUUCUCUUUUAUCAAUUCUCUUCUCCUCUCUCGCUCUUUAAAAAAGUAACGAAAAUCUCGCUCUUCUCUCUUAGUGUAUAACUUUUACAGACGCCAAUAAUUCAUUCGCUUUUUUUUCUUUUGUAAUUCUGAAUCCCUUUUCAAACACGCAAUGCUCUCGCAUACUCUGAAAAAAUAAUGCACGAAGUAAAGAGAAAAAGAAUUAUAUAUGUGUACGUGUAUAAUUUACCGCUCUCUGUCUAGUCGGAAAAUUCAUUGUAAAAACUAUCGAUGACAAUGACAAUUUAGAAUCGAUCAUGACAAAAAUAUUGUAUAAAGAAGAAUAUAAAUAUUUUUAAAUGUAAUCAAAAAGGAACAAAAAUACUUAUUUUUAGAGAUGAGAGUGAAAUAUAUUUAAUUAUUAUUUAACUAUUAGAUAAAACGGAAAUUUUUCAUGAUCGAUUUCUUACAAUUGAGACACCGAGGGAAAUGUUUCUCACGUUGUUAUUGCACCCGGUGUCUAUUUUUUUUUUAAUAAUUUAGCGAGCGGUAGCUUAAUCUAUAAAAAAGGACUUUUUUUCUUCUUUCUCUUAGAAGCUAAUAGUUAAUUUUUUAGUACUCUUCUAUCAUCUUACACACGAUUCACAAACAUUCUUCCAUAACUCUCGCACCAAUCACUCGCGGAUAAACCGCUAACAAGGUGAUAAUUAUGGCCAUUUUUAUAUUCUGCCUUAUUUUCAUUUCAUAUUUCAUACUUCGUUCAUAAUCUCACACUUCAUUCAUUAAAAAAAAAUAAACGAUCGUUUAUUGAAAGUGGUACACUCUCGAUAAUAUUAUCGUAAAAUUUUUUUUUUUGUAUUUUCGAGCCUGCGAAUGUGGAGGAAAACAAGUAACGAUUCUUUCAAGAGUGUACAUUUUUUUUUUAAAUCGAUUUGUCGCUGAAAAAACGAUCGUUAAAAACGGAUUUUUAAAAUUUCGAGAAGCGCUAAAUAUGGCUUUGUUUUGUAACUUCUCAUUCUUUCAACUUUAGACAUUGCUUUUCUCGUUUUAAUAUAUGUCGUAAGGAUUUGUUUUUAUAUACACGAAGUUUACAAGUGUAGCUUUAUUCAGUCGUUGAAUUGUCGAAAAAAAUGCACUUAUCGUCUCUGAAUUACUGUCUGGAUUUGUUUUUUUUCAAUAACUCUAUUUUUUUUUUUUAGUCUUUUCUAUACUUUUCUUUCACAUGUAAAAACAUCUUAUUAAAACUCAGGAGAAAAAAAACAAUAUCCAGACAAAAAUUCGAGUUAUUCUAAUUCAUAAAAUGCGUUACUGACAUUCCACUACGUUCGAAUGUUUAUCAAUUAUAUAUUAUGAGAAAAGCCUAAUCUCAACUCAACGACUGACUCAAGCUACGUUUUGGACGCCUAUCGCCUACAAAUUCGUUAAGAUUCCUCGUGUUUAUUUUUCUCCAAGGGAAGAAAGAUCUCAAAGAAUAUUAAACACGAGAGUCUCACGUAAAAAGUUUUGUUUCCUGUUCUUUGACUCUUUGAACAGAACAAAAGCAGGUUAAGAAUUGGCGCAUUUUAAUUCUUUCUGCCCUGAGUGAAACAACUCCCAAGGUCGCGACAACUGUUUAUAAGCGGACCCAAA